CGGAGAAUAGUCAGAGAUCUUGUGGCAAGACAAUAGUGAAUAGCACAAAAAGACUUUUACAAAAAUCCUUUUGCGAAAAUUCAAAGAAAAAUCCACAAAAAAAAUCAUGGCGAUCUUGAGCGUUAACCUUUUCUGUGUAAUCUUCUGCGGAUGCGUGUGCAUUGGUAGUGCAUUGCCGGUGAUUGAUCUUACGGGGAAGGCUGUACCCAUUUCCGAAACCCUCGUGGAGAAUGAAGCUCUCGCCCAAGGAGAACCCAUUCCACAGUCUGAACAGGCUCUAGCUGAAUUGGUUUCGGAGCAGAAUACAACGGAAAAUGGGACAAUUAAGGAUCUCUACGUGAUCAGGGCUGUUGUCUAUGAGAUCGGUAUCCUUACCGAUGUACCUGAGAAUGAAACAUACACCGGUUCGAAUGAUACUGAAGUGAUUAAUGAACGCGUGGACUUGACAUUCUUCAAUGCCCACAAGAAUGAUACACACCUCGAUCUGGGCUCAAUCCCACUCCCCGUGCAAACCAACGUAAGUGGACAGGUACUAACGGGUAUUGCCCCCAUAAAUAUCGGUGCUGUGGACGUUGAUCAUCCUGAGGAUAUCCUCGAAACCCUCCCCAUUACUGGAACAAUUGUCAACAUUACAAAAAGUGAAUCUUCAAUGUUUGUCAUCAAUACGGACAACGUGACAUUCGAUCAGCUCAACACAUAUCUUGAUGAGGAUGAUCUCACAAAAAUCCCCGUUGUUAGCAAUGUCAUUCCAGCCGUUGAGAAGCUAGAAACAUCCAAUAUACCCCUCUCGGAGGCACUUAGUGAUCUUCUGUAGAAAUCAAUCUUCACCCCCAACGCUUCAACAACAAAAUCAACCCUUCAUGAUCCUCAAAGAAAAAAAUCAUUAAAAUAGGAUAAUUUUUCACAUUAGCGUGUAAAUCUCUUUUAAAGACUGUGUUAAUUUUCGUUUUUUUUUUCGUUAAUCAUGUGUAAAUAUAAAGUACCUAUAGAUAUUUAGAAAGAGAAAAAUUAGUGAAGGAUUUAUAAGAAGAAGAAAAAAUGUAUGUGUACAGAAAUAUUAUUACAAAAGAAAAUAAGAAUUGAAGAAAAA